CAAUAUACAUUCAGACCGCAGAGGGUGAUGUGGUUGAGUCUCCGAAAGAGGAGAAGAGAAAGGUGAGGGGGCAAAAAACAAUACAUGCGUUUCUCUGCUGCUUGAUGAUCCGAUCCUCUGUUUAAUGCGGAACAAGGUGGAUAUACUUUAGUGAUCUGUUACAAUUGAGAAGACCUCAUAAAGCUAUUAUCCUAGACAUUUUGUAAGUUUCAUCCCUUUACGGGGCACAACCUUGGUCUCUCCUUCAUUUUCUUCAUUUUUACUGAUAAAUGACGCCACAAUUCUAGUGAUGAGCAAUAAUUUUUCUUUGGGAAGAUGCAUGGAUUCUCCACUGCUGAUGGUUUUGUGGAGAUAAGUGAUUCCUUGGCAGAGAUGAUUAAAUUCGCGGCUAAUGAACCAUCUGUUGGUCUUUACUUUAUCCAACAGCAUACUCAAAACGCAGUGCCCAAUGUCAUCAAACUUAAGAACAAUGUUAUUGAAAAGUCUCAUGAAACAACCUUGCAUGCAGAAGAUUUGGAGGACUCUGUCUCAAUGGUAAAAUCAAUGAAAGAGUGUGGAUUUCCCAUAGCUGAUGAGAUGAUUGGAGACAUUAAAAAAUCUCUGAUAACUAUGACAACAGAGCAACCAAAAAGUGGGCUAAUCCGUAUGUCAUCGACAUCAAAUUUUCAGACAGAGAGAACUAGUUUUUGGGGUAAUUCUGCAGUUUAUGCCCAGGAGGGUAGCGAAAAAAGAGGUAACUAUUUUUCAAGUGUUUUUAAGUUUUCGAAACAGAAAGAUAGCAGUCUCAAGUGUCCACAACUUGAUUCUACGGGAUCAAUAGAUUCCAAGACUGAGAAGCCACAGCUGUCCCCUAAUGUGCCAUUGUCAGUCACUACUACAUCUUCACAGGGAAUGGAAGAUGAAUCUCAACCUGAACAGAGUAAUACUAAUGAUCUUGAUAAUAAGUUAUUUUCAGUAUCAGAAAAAUAUGAUGACUUCAAAGCUAGUAAAGAAGCUAAGCUGGAGGAGUGGCUGGAAGGAUCUAACAAACAUGACUAUAAUUGCCAGACAUGUGAUGAGAAAAGGCUUUAGCUUGGAUACAAAAUUUCAGCUUGUAUAUAAUGUUGUAUAAUAUCUAAUUGCCUCUGACUAGACAUUAUACAAUAAAAUAACUUUUAAUAAUGUCAAAUGUUCUUUUUACAAUCAUGACACCAUGUGAGAUUAUUAGUCACAUAGGAUCCAAUAUUCCUUCUGACUGGAUUGAGACAUGGAUUUUUUCGUUGUAAAAUU